AUGGCAGCCCCCGGACACUCUCACGCGCUGCAGAGUCCAGUAGAGCUGACGGAGGGCGGCGUGGAGGCACCCUCACAGCCAGGGAGUUUGCUGGACUUUGAACUGGCCACACCCCCGCUUCGAGUUGGGUACCAGGGAGACUGGCUGGAUGUCAGCCCUGCCAUGCUUGCAACAUGGGACAUCAGCCCCCUGGAGCCCAUGGGGGAGCCAAAGCAUCUGCAUGCCUACGCCCUGUGCCAAACUGGCUGCAAGGAGGCCACGCACGCCUUUUGCAAGGAUGUGGGCGCCUGGUACGGAAUGUGCGGCCUGGGCGAGAUGCGGUGUCCCCCAGACUCGGUGCAGACGUGGUGGGGAUCCGAAGCGACAGGCGAGGAGGAGGGCGGAGGCUCGUUCGCAGCCGCGCUCGCCGACACCGUGGACCGCAUGGUCGCCGACGCCGCGCAGCUGCCGCGACUGGGGCCCUCCGACGCGCUCUCCACCCCUCUCCUCCCCAGCGCCGUGCUCUUCCUGGUGUGUCCCCAGGGCCCGGCCCCCGCACGGCUGCUGCAGGCCGCUACGGAGGCGUGGGCGGCGGCCGCCCUUGCGGGGGGAUUGGCGGGACGCGGUGAGAGGCCGCAGGAGAGCUGGCUCACGGGGCCGGCCACGCCCCCCUGCGUCGACGCGCAGGCGCCGCCCUACGGCGCGGCGGGGUCGGAGCUGUACAGCGGGCGCGGCGUGCCGGACCCCGGGCUGGGGAACGAUGAGUCUGCCGUCCUCGACCUGGGCCCCUGCGGCGCCCGCCAGGCCGCCUUCCUGGCCUUUGCAGCUUCUUCGAACGUUCCCACGGAGGGUGCAGGGCCGGGGCCUCAGGACCCCGGCGCCCUGGCCGGCCUCACAAGCGCGCUGCACUGCGUGCACGUCGCCGUCGCGCCCAUGAGACCUGGCCUGGCCGCCCUGACGCGCGCCUCGCCCGGCGGCUGCGCGGAGGCCGUCGUGGUGCAAGCCGCGGCCGGCGCCGCGCUCGCCGCUGAGGUCCUGGGCGCCUGCCGGCGCCUCGGCUGGUGGGCGGGCCCGGAUGCACGGCGGCGGCUGGUGGUGUCCCGCCCCGGCCCUGUCUCGGGUGUCGAGGCGGGGGGCUGGCAGGCUGCGCUGAUGGAGUCUGGGGCGCAAGGCAGCUGCUGCGUCGUGGAGCUCCAGGUCCAGGGCGCCAGCAGCGCAAGGGAGGUCGCGGCUGCCGGCUCGUGGGUGGCGCGCAGGGAGGCACAGGCCGGGCCGGUGCUGCUGUGCCCGCUGGGCGCGGGGUGCACGCUGCGUGUGCGGCCGGUCGUCGGCACAGACAGCCCCGACGAGGCCAGCCUCCGCGAGAUGGUGUCCGACCUCCAGGCGCUGGCCGUGCUGGGAGCGGCCACUGCCCAGCUCACAAACUCGCCGGGUGGGGGCGAUGCGCACCGUCCCUGGCCGGCCCACGCUCAGGGUUGCCUGCAUGCUGCGACGCUGCUCCUGGCCUUGACCCGUGCGUCAGGCCGGACCGGUGCCGUGAUGUGA